GUUUCACCUGUUCGCAGAAGUGGCAACUCCGACCCCAAACGUCCCUUGGCGUAUCUGGCCACCCGGCACGCGGCGGCGCACUGUUCUGUGCUCAAGAUGGGAAAGCCAGCAACGUGCUAUACUACCCCUCGAAACCCCGCCGUCGGUGUUACGGAGUCACACUUGCGUAUCGCACAUGGCGCCAUCAAGCAGUUGUAUGACGAAGCAGUCCAGCGCGCCACGUUAUUUCAUAGUUCGUUGGCACCAUUCCGUGACGGUGGUGGUGAGGUGAGACUUGCUCCAGGACGCGACGUUCACCCCCCAGCCUCUGUACUCUACAGCCUAUUUUCCACGUGGUCAGGUGUCUUAGAAGUGCGCGUAAGCUACCAAAGUUACAAACUAGACCAGAACGUGCUGGAAGUCGACUCCUUCGAAAGCGGGUCCUGUGUGCUCAUGUUUCCUCUCAAGCGUCACAUGUCGCAUACCUUACGCGCAGCCCCCGCAAUCCGAGAAACUUGAACGGCAUUCCGUCCUGUGGCGCCUGACUCGACGCCAAGCGUCCAUGAUGGUCCUGAAGACUUCGCUAAUGGAUACAAUUUAUGUCGCUGCACCACGCGAUGAAGGGCGGUUGAAGAUAGAUGAGACACACCUCCAGCCACCGCCACGGAGCAAUCCUCGCAAUGCGUUACAAGAGUUAGUGAUAGCCUGCCGUUAAGGGUUCAAUGGAUCAGCAAACCCAGAUCUACGAUCGCCCCAGGGUCUCCUCCUCGG